GUUCUAAUGAAUUAACCUGAACCUGCUGCUUGCCAUAGUGGAAGCAGGGAUGGGUUUCAAGUGAGCCUGGAGCAGAGUGGAGUGCUGCCUGCCGCUGAACUACAGUGUGUGAAUCCAGUGGACACCGGAUUUCCUGUGCCUUCAUUUGCUCACUGUCAUGAGUCAGAUGUCCUCUGAUACACCCAAAGAUGAAGACUUGUCCUCCAGCUUCACUGAAUAUUUUAAGAAGUUUAAGGCAGAAAACAAACUCCAGGGAGCCAUCACUUCAAUUGAGUUACACCUGGCACAAGGAAAUAUUUGGAAGGCAAAUGCGGCAAUUACUGAUGCAUUAAAAGAAAUUUCUAGAACCCCACUGAAUGUUGCUGUGAUAGGAGAGUCUGGAACAGGGAAGUCCAGUUUCAUCAACGCCUUCCGAGGGGUUGGGCAUGAAGAGGAAAAUGCAGCUCCAAUUGGGGUGGUGGAGACAACUAUGAAGAGAACUCCAUACAAAUACCCCACCAUCCCGAAUCUAGUUAUUUGGGACCUUCCUGGGAUUGGAACCACAAAUUUCCCACCAAAAACUUAUCUGGAGAAAGUGAAAUUCAAUGAGUAUGACUUCUUCAUUAUUGUUUCUGCCACACGCUUUAGGAAAAAUGAUAUAGACCUCGCCAAAGCAGUCAGCAUGUUACAGAAGGAUUAUUACUUCGUGAGGACCAAGGUGGACACAGAUUUAGAAAAUGAAAAGAGGUACAAACGUACCUUUGACAGAGAAAACUUCCUGCAGCAGAUCCAAAACCAUUGUGUGAAUAUGUUUAAAAAGCAUGACCUUGAGGUGCCACCGAUUUUCUUGAUCUCAAACAGGAAUUUAUCUGACUAUGAUUUCCCGAUCCUGAAGGAAACGCUGAAACACAAACUUUCUACUCACGCACAUCAAAACUUCAUGCUUUCCUUGCUUAAUAUUACGGAGGCAGCCAUUGAAAGAAAGCCCAAGUCUAGGCAACUGUCUGUCUGGUUGGAAGCCAUAAAGGAUGAAAUUUGGGGGGCUGUUCCUAUAGUGGGCAUCCUCAAGGACAGUGACAUGGAGAAGUUGAAGGCAAGUUUAAACCACUAUGGAAUUCUCUCUGGGGUGGAUGAUGAAUCCUCGGAAUUCAUGGCAAAGGAUGCCCAGGUGCCUAUUGAAGGACCGAAGAAAAUUGUAGAAGGUCCUUCUUGGUUGGAAACUAAGAAAAGGAAAACAUUAAAAGGAAUGCACUUAGAAAAUGUGGAGAAGAGUUUCCUAGGUAGAGGGAGCAGAGAGUUGACCCCAGGGAGCCCUGAGAACACCGCUGCCACUGCCGACCUAGUCACCAUCACACCCUGGGAGGAGCCUUUGCCUCUGGCCCCAGACACCACCAUGGCAACCAUGAGCAGCAAGGCCCUGGGCAGUGGUGCGGGCACUGGUGGCCCUGGAGGCCUCACGUCAGCAGCAACCUCCAGCGGGGACAAGAAGGUCACUGAAAGGAAGGUUUUGGGAACAGUAAAAUGGUUCAAUGUGAGGGACGGAUAUGGCUUCAUCAACAGGAAUGACACCAAGGUAGAUGUAUUUGUACACCAGACUGCCAUAAAGAAGAAUAAUCCCAGGAAGUACCUUCGCAGUGUUGGAGAUGGAGAGACUGUGGAGUUUGAUGUUGUUGAAGGAGAAAACGGUGUGGAGGCAGCAAAUGUUACAGGCCCUGGCGGAGCUCCAGUUCAAGGCAGUAUAUAUGCAGCAGAACGUAAUAGACGACACCCACGUCGUAAGGGUCCUCUGCGCAAUUGCCGGCAAAACUACCAGAAUAAUGAGGGUGAGGAAAAGAAUGCGGGAUCAGAAAGCGGUGCUGAAGACCAGGCCCAACAAUGCCAGCCCUAUCUCAGGCAGAGGCCCUGUGGGUUUCGACCACAGCGUUCCAACCCUCCUGUGCAAGGAGAAGUGAGAGAGGGUGCUGACCACCAGAGUGCAGGAAAGCAAGGACGACCAGUGAGACAGAAUAUGUAUCGGGGUUACAGACAACGAUCCCACAGGGGCCCUCCUCCCCAAAGACAGCCUAGAGAGGACAGCCAUGAACAGGUCGAAGAAAAGCAAGGAGAUGAGACCCAAGGUCAGCAGCCACCCCAACGUCAGUAUCGCUGCAACUUCAAUUACCGACGCAGACGCCCAGAGAACCCUAAACCACAAAAUGGCAAAGAGACAAAAGCAACCAACCCACCAGCUAAAAUUGUGUUCACUCCCAAGGCUGAGCAGGGAGGGCCAGAAAAAAUGGCGGCUUACCGUCUCAACCAUCAUCGGGUUUGGUCAUCCAACAAGAAAAAAAUGAAUAUGAAAUCCCAGUAAUAAGAAAUGAACAAGGAUUGGAGCUAAAAGACCUUAAGUGCUUGCUUUUUGUCAGUUGACCAGAUAAAGUAGAACCAUCUGCAUAAUCUAUGCAGCAUGGGCUUUUGUUCUUUCUACCUAAAGAUGUCUAUUUUUGGUAAUGACAAACGUGUUUUUAAGGAGAAAAAAAAAAAGGAGGGGGCCGGGUUUUUCUGAAUACACCGUUUUUAAAUUGUUUCAUAACUGGUCAGUGUGAGAUUUUUAGGAACUUCAUUUUUAAUUUGUAAUAAAAGUUUACAACUUGAUUUUUAAAAGUCAACAAACUGCAAGCACCUGUAAAUAAAGGUCUCAAAUAUAACUGUAAAAAAAUAUAUGUGUGUGUGUGUAGAAAUUUGCCUCAGCUGAAAGUAAAGACAGGUCUUCACUUUAGGAAAAUCUUUUACUUGCAACUUCACUUUCUUGACACAGGGACUGAAGAUACCAACAUUCUCUUUAGAGAGACACAUUCAAGAAACUAGUUCAGACCAGUUCACACUAGGCAUGGAGCUGCACAUCUUUUCUUUUAACCCUAGGAUUCCACUCAGGAGGCAGAGGCAGGCACAUGCCUGUGAGUUUUAAGUCAGCCUGGUCUACAUAGAAAAUUCUACCUAGACCUGCAUAGUGAGACCCUGCCUCAAAUAAGAAAGACAAUAAAAACUAACAAGAAACUGGUUCAAUCUCAAUUCACCCACAGCCACUGACCAAAACCACACCUGGUGGUUAAAACCAGAGAGUCAUUAUCCGAUCUGCUAACACCAUGAGAACCUAAUGAUAAAGCCCAUGAACCUGAAAUAUAACGAAAUCCUCCCGCUAUGUUCUCUCACUCACUCCUUUCUGACUCUCAAAUAGACACAUGAAGGCACACAUGCAUACAUUCACACAUGCACAUACAUGCAUACACACACAUUCACCUGAACCUUACCUGCUCCUGUUCUUACCAAGCAUGUCUUAGAGAGCGACUAGCAAGGCUUAUAGAUCCUCUCAACAGGAAGACUUCAAGAGCAAAGUAGAAAGAAGCCAUAACUACAGAUCAUGAGUUUGUUAGUGAACAACCAACUCUUGAAACUCCUGUCACAAUCUGUCCAGGGAUAAUAACUAAAGACUGUUUAUAAUUCUGCACCAGGACCAGUGAAUGGCCCUGAGAUCCCUCUGGCUUACUGCCAUUGCCUACUUUCGUUGUGAUCACGAAGAACUGCUUUCAUCCAUACAUGGCACCAUAAAAUAUUUGAUAAAUUGUUGAUUAAAA